AUGCACUUCUUUAUGGAGAAUUAUCAGCCAAUUCUCAUUGUUGGCCCAGAAGGAUCAGGAAAGACUCAAAUUGCAAAAUGGGCGUCUCAAUUGUUUUCUAAAAGUGGUUAUCUCUUCAUGGUAUGUCACCCAGAGAUGACUACAUCAGAUUUAAUUGGAAGCUACACGCCAUCUUCCGAUAUUAACCGAGUCCCAGAUUGGAUUGAGGGUUCAAUAGUCGAAGCAGCCAGAAAAGGCAAGGUUCUUAUCAUAGAUCAACUCGAAGGUGUGGCUCCUCAAGUCAUUGAGAGAAUCAACCCAAUUCUCGAUGCUUAUUCAAAUAUCUUAUUAAAUAAGAAGACAAAUUCUGGAAAACCAACAUCCUUUUUUAUAUCAGAACUCUACUCUGAUGAUAAUAGUGUAGAUAUAAAUGAGAAUUUCGCCGUCAUUGCCACCAUUUCGAAGAACCAAUUAAAGAAUUUAUCUCCUGCACUGAAGAAUCGUUUCACAAUCAUUGAAAUUGAGUCCCAAAUUGAUGAAUCGAAAGUUCAGGAACAAAUUCCUCAGCUUAUUGACUCAUUAUUAGGUUCAAAACAGGAAAAUAAGAUUUCAAUUUCACAAGAAAUCAUCAAUGAGAUCAUAAAGCAUGGUGAAAUGCAUAAUUUAUCCAUAAUAUCUAAGAUUGUCAAUGGAUUACGUAUGAUUUGCACCAAAUAUCCCCAAAUCACUGAUCAAAAAUUAAUUUUUGAUGCUUUGAAAGAGAUAUACAUCGACCAUACAACUCCACAAUUAAAUGAAGAGCUCAAGCAAAUCCUUCUUAGCACUAUAACAGGCGAAACAAAAGGUUUCUACUAUAAGAAUUCUCCUGAACUAGAAAACAUCGUAUCAUUGAUUAUUUUGAUGCAAAACAUUGGCCAACCAAUCAUCCUUCAGAGUGGAACAGGCUUUGGAAAGACAUCAGCAGCUGUUGCACUUGCUCAAGGAUUAAAUUUCAACACAUAUAAAGUCUCUUUCAAUGCAGAAACAAAAUUGACAGAUUUAAUCGGAAAUAUCACAAUUACUCGCGGUGCAAGUGAUAAUUCCAAGGGCCAAUUACUUAAAGCAAUCAAAGAAGGAGGUUUCUUCAUUGCUGAUGAAGCAAAUCUUGCUGAAAAUUCCGUUCUUCAGUCACUUGUCAUUGCUUUAGAACAAAAACCAGGAGAAGAAAUAGAAAUUCCUUCUGUUGGAACAACAAAAGUCCAUGAAAACUACUUCUUCAUCGCUUGCCAGAAUGACAACACAAUGAUUGGUCGAAAACCAUUACCACAGGUACUUCUUAAGCGUGCUGUUUGUUUUGAUUAUCCAUUCCCUGUCAAUUCUAUCAUCAAUGUCAUCAAAGAAAUCACUGCAGAAAACGAAUUGGAAAAAAUCAUUUCGGCAGACCUUACUCAGUUCAACGAGAAUUUGAAAGACUUUGUCAUCAAAAUGUAUGAUGAAUCCCAGCAAAAUGACAAGAUCCGUUCAUGGUCAUUCAGAGAAGUCAGAAGAUUUUGUUUAAGAAUUAAAUACUCAGAUAAAAUUGAAAUUCGUAACGAACAGAACGAAUGGAAGAUUUUAUCUCCUGAACAAUUAGUAACUUAUCAUGCAUUGUUUAUGGCAUAUAUGAUGUGCUCUGAUCCACAAAAUUCAACGCAAACAAUCGCCACCAUUGUUGGAAGUUCAUUUGGCUAUCCAAACACAGAAGAUUUAGUUAGAGUUUUAUCAACACCUGCAUUUCCAGAAAUUAAUUAUAUUGUUAAAGAUAUACUCAAAAUCAAAUCUAUUGUUAAUUACCAAAGCUCCAAGAAAGUUUCCAAAUCAAUUUCAUCCUUUUGGGAUGCUGCUUUUUUGGCAUCAUUAAUUCCUCAAAAUGAACCAAUACUUAUUGUUGGAGAAUCAUCAUUCAAGACAUUUUUGGCCAAUUCUAUUGUUAUCGAUCCAAGCCAAGUAACAUUAGGAAGUGAAACAACAACAGCUUCUUUAAUUGGCCAAGUUUCAUAUGUAAGACAGAAUACAUAUGACAGAAUAAUGCUUGAUUUACUUCACACAAUAAUGAUUUCAGAUCAUUCUCUUUACGUUAAAUUCAAGAAUUUCAAGAAGAAUUUCGUAAGAGAUGCAGCACAUUUAGAAGAAUUACAAGAGUUCAUAAAACAGCUUGACGUUCCUUUCCUCAAGAAAUCGAUAGAACACAUCAUGCAGCAAUUCAUUGCCAUUGAACCAUCUCAAGUUGAUUCAGUCAUGAAUAAUUAUACAACAGUCUUCAAACCAGGAUUAAUUACUCAUUAUCUUUAUAGACAAUCUCCUAUAAUCAUUAAGAACUUUGCCAAACCACCAACAUCUGUCAUUGAAAGAUUCAAUGAAUUACUUUCAAUCGAGCCAGAAUUAACAUUAACUGAAGAUUACACAAAUACAAUUACUCCACAAAAUGAUAAGCUUAUUAAGAUAAGUAGUGAUAUGAAAACAAAGUUUAGAAUAAUUGCUUUGUUCUCUUUAGAAGACAUCAACAAGAUUUCUAAGGCAAUAAAAUCAAGAUUCAACAUCAUUAAUGUCAAGAAAUACACUAACAAAGAAGUACAAGAAAUCACAGGAUUCUCUGAUAGUUAUAUUGAGAAAUUUGAUUUCCACAAAUUGAUUCUAAUGAAAUCAAUCAUUGAAAAAAUCAAAACAAUCCACAGUAGGGAUCGCAACGCUUCAGAAGAAAUUCCAAGAGAGAUAUUGGAAGAACAAGCAGCAAGAAUUGUAGGUAAAGAAGAUCCUGAACGUCAAAACAACAUAACACCUUUGAAACUAGAAAAUGGUAUCUUGAAAUCCGAUAAUGAUUAUAUCCUUUCAUUUUCUUCAUCUGAUCCGAUGGAAAAAAACAUUGUUUUCACUAAAACAACUCAAACAAUGUGUGACAGAAUCUUCUCUGCUUUGUCGCUCGAUAUUCCAAUCAUUAUUCGUGGACCAUCAGGAACUGGUAAGUCAUUAGUUGCUGAUUAUGUUGCAAAUUUGAUGCAGGAUUUCGCUAAUGAUAAAAACGUUGUCAGAAUCCAAUUAUCUGGAUCAACAACAGUCGAAGAUUUGUUUGGAAGAUAUUCAAUUAAAAAUGAUAAUGAAAGCAAUACUUUCGAUUACAUUCCGACAAAACUUUUCAAUGCUGUCAGUGAAAAAUCACAAGUUAAAUCAUUAAUCAUCAUUGAAGAAUUGAAUCUCGCAUCACCAAGCCUAGUUGAUGCUUUAACAUGUUUAUUUGACAAUAAUCCAGAAUCAAUGAUUAUGAAGACAAAUGGUGAAACAGAGAAGAAAGGAAGAUUUUCCAUUAUUGGUAUUGCUUCAGGAAAAGUUCCACAAUCACUUAAGAAAUCAUCAUCUACUUCAAGCGAGAUCAAUACGAUCAAAAUGAAAUGA